AUGGUACAUGUGACAAUAAACCACAGUUCUGUUACCACAUUUAUUCUUGUGGGCUUCUCAGAAUACCCACAUCUCCAGCCACCACUCUUUCUUAUGGUCAUGGCCAUUUACUCAGUCACUCUAGUAGGCAAUAUAGGUAUAAUUGUGGUCAGAAGAAUCAAUCCUAAGCUUCAUACACCCAUGUACUUUUUUCUGAGCCAUCUUUCGUUUUUGGAUAUAUGCUAUUCUAGUGUAUUUACACCAAAAUUAAUGGAGAUCUUGGUCGCGGAACAUAGAACUAUCUCUUUAAAAGGUUGCAUGGCACAGUUUUUCUUUGGCUGUGCAUGUGUGAUUACAGAGAUGUUCAUGUUAGCAGUAAUGGCUUAUGACAGGUUUGUAGCUGUUUGUAAUCCCCUGCUCUACACUGUAGCCAUGUCUCAUCAACUGUGUGUUCUUCUAGUAGCUGGAAGUUAUGUGUGGGGUGGUUUGUGUGCUGUGAUACUCACGCACACUCUCUUAGAACUGUCUUAUUGUGGACCUGGCAUCAUCAAUCACUUUGGCUGUGAGUACUCUGCCAUCAUCUCUGUAUCCUGUUCUGACUCCUCCUUCAGCCAGAUGGCAUGCUUAGUCAUUUCCAUAUUAAGUGAGGGUAGUAGCCUUCUUAUCACCAUGGCUUCCUAUGUCUUCAUAGUCAUCACAAUCAUCAAGAUGCCUUCUAAGGGUGGACUCCAAAAAGCCUUCUCCACCUGCACUUCCCACCUGAUUGCCAUCAGCAUCUUCCAUGGAAUUAUUCUCCUGCUCUACUGUGUACCCAAUGCAAACAGCUCAAGGCUCCUUGUCAAAGUAGCAACUGUGCUCUAUACAGUCUUGAUCCCCAUGUUAAACCCCCUUAUCUACAGCCUAAGGAACAAAGAUGUAAAAGAGACAGUCAAGAGGCUGAUUUGCACAAAACUGCACUCUUGGUCAAUAUAA